UGUCUGCUCAUCUCUUAUCAGUUAAAGUUUUAUGACAAGAAUAGAUAGACCUCCAAUUCAGGGCGAGCCCAAAGUCUCAGUGUCUUCUAAUCACUUUGGACAAGUGGUCAUUAACGUCACUUAUUUCUUCCAAAGAGGCGAAAAUCUUCCAAUCGGACGGUACCUUUGAUGUGAAACUUUAACUAUCGCGUCCCCCAAGAUCCCCAGAUCCGAAUGCACAAGUUGAAUUAGAACUUCAUCACGUCUUUGAAGGAAGGGAGCGCUGUUUUCAUAGACGACCAAUCGUGGGACUCGGUAUUCAGGAAUACAAGAUGACUCGGAACAUGGAUUUGGCAGAUAACUGAUGCACCCAAGGGAAUAUCCUUCGACCCAGAGCAUAGUCUAAUAGGCUACACCUUGCAAGAGUCAGCAAUCCAGGCACAAGACCUCAAUUACAAACCGAGCUGGGCAAAGCAUCAAGAAAUAGAAAUGGAAACCACGUGUAAUACUGAGGAGACAGAUGACGAUGGAUCCACUUUCAGCCGGGCUGCCAGAGAUGAUAACAAGAAUGAAGUUAAGAAACACCUCGACUCCAAAAAAAGAUGGUAAAAACGGUAAUGUGAUCUCUGCAAAAAACUUGGAAGGAAAAAUUCUCCCAGUCAUCAUAAAUGAGAAAGGACGUACACAUACAGUAGAACUGAUUUUAGAAAAUACAGACAUUGAAAUAAGUCGAAGUGGAACAAAUACUUAGGCUAAGGCUGACCUCAACCUCUCUCCUGUUUCAACAGCAGCAAAAAACGGACAUCAUUGAUUAUGUUCUUAUACUUUUAUUGAGAGGAAGGCCAGAGAUUCAGACAAAACAGGGUUUCUCUCCUUCUAGUCCCAGAAUAUCAUCGAACAACAUGAGAAUAUUCUUUAGCAAUUGAGUAGGAUUAUAUAUUGAGACAAUGGAAAUUCAGGCUGCCUCUCCUCUUUUUAAAGCAUCACAAAAUGGACAAGAGAUUGUUGUAAAACGUCUAUUAGAUAGAGGUGCAGACAUUAAGACAAAGACAACCGAGGGUGACACUCCUCUUUCAUUAGCAUCAUUUGAUGGACAUGAGAAGGUUGUUACACUUCUAUUAGAUAGAGGUGCAGACAUUGAGACAAAGGAAAACAAGGGUUUCACUCCUCUUUCAGUAGCAUCACAAAAUGGACAUGAGAAUGUUGUUACACUUCUAUUAGAUAGAGGUGCAGACAUUGAGACAAAGACAAACCGGGGUUUCACUCCUCUUUCAUUAGCAUCAGAAAAUGGACAUGAGAAUGUUGUUACACUUCUAUUAGAUAGAGGUGCAGACAUUGAGACAAAGACAAACCGGGGUUUCACUCCUCUUUCAUUAGCAUCAGAAAAUGGACAUGAGAAUGUUGUUACACUUCUAUUAGAUAGAGAUGCAGACAUUGAGACAAAGACAAACAAGGGUGCCUCUCCUCUUUACCUGGCAUCACAAAAUGGACAUGAGAAUGUUGUUACACUUCUAUUAGAUAGAGGUGCAGACAUUGAGACAAAGGAAGAACUGGGAUUCACUCCUCUUUUAAUAGCAUCACAAAAUGGACAUGAGAAUGUUGUUACACUUCUAUUAGAUAGAGGUGCAUACAUUGAGACAAAGACAAACCGGGGUGCCUCUCCUCUUUCAGUAGCAUCACUAAAUGGACAGGAGAAUGUUGUUACACUUCUAUUAGAUAGAGGUGCAAACAUUGAGACAAAGACAACCCAGGGUUUCACUCCUCUUUCAGCAGCAUCACUUAAUGGACAUGAGAAUGUUGUUACACUUCUAUUAGAUAGAGGUGCAGACAUUGAGACAAAGACAAACCAGGGUGUCACUUCUCUUUCAUUAGCAUCACUUAAUGGACAUGAGAAGGUUGUUACACUUCUAUUAGAUAGAGGUGCAGACAUUAAGACAAAAGAAAACAAGGGUUUCUCUCCUCUUUCAGUAACUUCACAAAAUGGACAUGAGAAUGUUGUUACACUUCUAUUAGAUAGAGGUGCAAACAUUGAGACAAAGACAACCCAGGGUUUCACUCCUCUUGCAAUAGCAUCACAAAAUGGACAUGAGAAGGUUGUUACACUUCUAUUAGAUAGAGGUGCAGACAUUGAGACAAAGACAAACCGGGGUUUCACUCCUCUUUCAUUAGCAUCAGAAAAUGGACAUGAGAAUGUUGUUACACUUCUAUUAGAUAGAGGUGCAGACAUUGAGGCAAAGACAGACCGGGGUUCCACUCCUCUUUACCUGGCAUUACAAAAUGGACGUGAGAAGGUAGUUACACUUCUAUUAGAUAGAGGUGCAGACAUUGAAGCAAAGACAAACCAGGGUGUCACUUCUCUUUCAAUAGCAUCACAAAAUGGACAUGAGAAUGUUGUUACACUUCUAUUAGAUAGAGGUGCAGACAUUGAGACAAAGAAAGAACUGGGUUUCACUCCUCUUUUAAUAGCAUCAGAAAAUGGACAUGAGAAUGUUGUUACACUUCUAUUAGAUAGAGGUGCAGACAUUGAGGCAAAGACAGACCAGGGUGCCUCUCCUCUUUACCUGGCAUCACAAAAUGGACAUGAGAAGGUUGUUACACUUCUAUUAGAUAGAGGUGCAUACAUUGAGACAAAGACAAACCAGGGUACCUCUCCUCUUGUAAUAGCAUCACAAAAUGGACAUGAGAAUGUUGUUACACUUCUAUUAGAUAGAGGUGCAGACAUUAAGACAAAGACAGACCAGGGUGCCUCUCCUCUUGUAAUAGCAUCACAAAAUGGACAUGAGAAUGUUGUUACACUUCUAUUAGAUAGAGGUGCAGACAUUGAGGCAAAGACAGACCAGGGUGCCUCUCCUCUUUACCUGGCAUCACAAAAUGGACAUGAGAAGGUUGUUACACUUCUAUUAGAUAGAGGUGCAUACAUUGAGACAAAGACAAACCAGGGUACCUCUCCUCUUGUAAUAGCAUCACAAAAUGGACAUGAGAAUGUUGUUACACUUCUAUUAGAUACAGGUGCAGACAUUGAGACAAAGACAACCGAGGGUUUCACUCCUCUUUUAAUAGCAUCACAAAAUGGACAUGAGAAUGUUGUUACACUUCUAUUAGAUAGAGGUGCAGACAUUGAGACAAAGACAAACCAGGGUGUCACUUCUCUUUCAUUAGCAUCACAAAAUGGACAUGAGAAUGUUGUUACACUUCUAUUAGAUAGAGGUGCAGACAUUGAGACAAAGACAAACCAGGGUGUCACUUCUCUUUCAUUAGCAUCACAAAAUGGACAUGAGAAUGUUGUUACACUUCUAUUAGAUAGAGGUGCAGACAUUGAGACAAAGCAAAACCGGGGUUUCACUUCUCUUUCAUUAGCAUCACACACUGGACAUGAGAAGGUUGUUACACUUCUAUUAGAUAGAGGUGCAGACAUUGAGACAAAGACAAACCGGGGUGCCUCUCAUCUUUCAAUAGCAUCACUUAAUGGACAUGAGAAGGUUGUUACACUUCUAUUAGAUAGAGGUGCAGACAUUGAGACAAAGACAAACCAGGGUGCCACUCCUCUUUCACUUGCAUUACAAAAUGGACAUGAGAAUGUUGUUGCACUUCUAUUAGAUAGAGGUGCAGACAUUGAGAUGAAAUAUAAAAAAGACUGGCACCCAAUUCAUAUUGCUGUGUACAAUGGCAAUUUAGAUAAAAUAAUAUCACUGAUCCAGCAUCAAGAAAACAUAGAGAGGAAGAACAAGCGGGGACAAUCUCCCCUCAAUAUGGCUGCUGCAAUAGGGAAAAAAGACGCUGUCGAUUUACUCAUCAGCCAUGAUGCUGACUAUCACAGCACAGACUGUGAUGGGUUUUCUCCUUUGGAAAAUAGCAUCAUACAUGGUCAAGUGGAUGUCAUAGAAUAUUUGCUUAAACUCUUUUCUGACAGAGGUGAAAGUAGAAGUCAAGUUAGGGGAAGCUUAGAACUAGCAGCCAGAUAUGGGCAAAAUGAUGUAAUCCGCUUUCUGGUUGAAAUGUAUCAACAAAUAAACUUAGACUACAAUAUGGUUCUCGCAUCUUCCCUAGCAGCAGCUGUUUCUAAUGGCCAUUUUGAGAGCGUUCGAUUGCUUCAUUCGUUAGGUGCAACACCAUUAAGAGACCACCAUGAAUUGGGAGAAUGUCUUACAGACUGUGACUGCAUGGAUAUUUACUUAUACCUCUUGAUUUUUAAAAGAAGCCCCGAAGCAGUGACAUCAAGUGGUGACAAUAGAUAUGAUCAUUUGUGUUAUAGUGAUCGAAUUGACUGGGAUAUUUUUGAGAAUGCUCUGUCACCACUCGUAUCUACAGUCCAGAAAAAUAUCACCGCUUUAAAUUUAGUCAAACUACCAGGUCUGGGCUCGAUUAAAAGCCUUCCUCAAGGUAAAGUCAGUAAUCUGCAGCAAACGAUUUGGGAACGUGUAAAAAAGAUAACAGAAAAAUCAGUUAAGCAGUUCGCACUGACAACUGCACUAAUCGGAAGUACAGCAGAAUCAACUAAAGUGGGAUUCACUGAUGAAUUUGACAUCAUACUAAAACAAGAAUAUCCUUUGCGCCUAGAUAAAAUAAUAAAUUUUGGGCAUGGUUACAGGAAGUAUGAAGAAAACAAUGUGGAUUCCAGUAGUAAGUUGUUUCAUUCUAACAUAUGGGCAGAUCUUGACACCAAAGAUGACAUGCUUGUCUCAAUACCUACAGCCGUAGCAGGCGAUGGUGCUGCAUGCACUUGCAUGAAACUGCGAUAUCGGGAUGAGAAAGAUAAAAAGCGAAGCUUGUUGGUAUCAGUUGAUCUAGUGCCAGUCAUGCAUGUAAAUGACUGGCCAAGUGAUGCUAUUCAGAAAACCUGGAUGAUGAAUUCUGCGGAGCUGAAAGCCCGAGGGUACCAGCUGGUGGCCAGACCACCCCAUAAGGACACUACGUUUGGGAAAACCUUUGAUACAUGUGAGCGGGAGAAACUCUUCCGUGUUACAUUCUCUCUGCUCGAAGUGGAGCACAUUAAGCAACUCGAGGACAGGGUAAAGGAUGCGUACAUCUUGGCAAAAUGUCUCAGGAAUCCAGUGGCAUGUCACGUUGUCAUAAAAGACGAAGGCUUAAUACAUUUCGUAGGCAAAUUCGUAACAAGCUACUUCCUCAAGACAGUCUUUAUGCACAAUGUGGAGGACUUCCUCAACCAUGAGCGACCCCUGGUUGAGAUGGCGUACAUAUUGUACAGUCAGCUGGAGUACUACCUCUCCCACGGAUAUAUCCCCAUCUUCUGGAUGCCCCAGAUCAAUCUCCUCGAAGGGGUUGACAUCAGUGCAGCUAAAGCACACAAGGUGGCAGCACAUAUGAAGGCUCAUGUCGGCGAGCGUUACCGAGAGGAACUCAACAAGGAACCCCCUGACGAUGUCAACGAUAAGAUAGAGCUUCCACCAGAAUGCUCAGUCAUAGACUUCACUAAAGCUUCAGGAACAGAGAUUCUCUCACUGCCGUUGAAAUUGGGAAGCUCGCGGGAGACAAGACGCAGAAAAAACAUAUGUUAUACAGAGAGAGGGGGGAAUCGAUCUGGUAAGCGAAGACGUAAAAAUGCAGACAGACAAAAGGACACCGAUAGUGGCCUCUGAUGCCUAUCUUCAAACAAGGGAAACUACAAGCUUAGAAUCAUCCUUCAAUUGAUUACCAUUAUCGGUGACAUGCCUCAAAUUUCCCAACUCUCGAUUUCUCGGAUACCAAACUCGAGAAACAACUUCAGUUGCGUAUUAAGGUCAAACAAUAGCUGUGUAUAAGAGAGUAUGUUUCAAGCAGUAGAAGGAUUGAAUUAGGUACAUGACAUGUGGUUAGGAGGGGCAAAUUGACUCCUGGACAUUAAAAACACCCUGAAUAGCUCAGGUUGAGAUAAAGAGGUGUUUAACUGACGUCACUGAAAUCCAGAUGUUGCCAACUUGAUUUCAAAUUAGCGCCAGGCGUAAUGGUUUACAUAAGGACAGUGUAUGACUUGGUCAACCAUUUUUACUGAACAUUUCUCCAUUAGGGCUGAGAUUACUAUUAACUGUAUAUAAUAUAAUGAAAUGCUUAAGUUUCUCUGCUAUGCCUAAAUACCGCCAGGAAUAUUAGUUAUUUGGUUUGCCAACAUCAUUUUUGACUUUUUUGAUUUUGAAUAAUAUCAACUAACAUAAUUCAGGUCGCUUUUGAAAUAGGAACUCCUUUUCUAGAUUUUACGGGGUCAGAAAGAUAUUCUCUCACAGGCAGUAAACACAAUCCCGCAUUGUAUCAAAUUCUGACAUGUCUCACGAAAAUGCUAAUAAAAAAAUUCAAAAUCAUUGGCAUUUUUUCAAAUUCACUUGUGACAUUGAAAAGAUAUAGGACCACACUUCUGCAAAGUUUGAUGAAAAUCACGCCAUUAAAUUUGUUUUAAAUCAUGAAAAUGUACACAUAUGAUGUAUAUAGAAGAUUUGAUUGUGUACUGAGGCCUUUAGGUUACAUGUAUAUAAUGAUGAAGGAGUUAUGUCACUUGAUAUAUAAGGUGUCCACUUCAUGAGGUUAUUACAGGUUACUGACUUCUUGACAAAUGUUUUUGAAUCACAUUUGUGCAAAACGGUUUUCAUUGUGUUUUACUCAAUAUUGUAACUAUAGCGAUGUUUAUGCAAAAUAUCACCUGACAAUUUUAUUGAUACGUAUGCAAGUACGAGUUUGUUCAAAGAAGGGGAUGUCUAAAAAUUAGAAAAUUGGGCUUGUAUACUAAAUGAAUGGCCCUUAGACAAAGUUCAUUGGUUAAAAGCAGCAGAUCAUUAAAAGUCUUUAGUAGUAAAGAAUACUACGAAAAUAUUAGACUGUUUAAUUUGUCAGUGCAUGGGCUAACUUUCUGUUGGCCUCCUGGUCAAUGAGAUGUCACAGGUGACAAGUGGGCAUAUGUGACAAUAAAAAGGAAAAUCUUUCCAUAUUUUAGCAAAAAGCUGAAAUAACAGGUUUUUAGAACCCAGUCAGGAACUGGCAAAACUGCAAUCAACACUACAAGAUGUUGACACUCACUGCGUUAUCCCAACGUUGAGGUGUAUAUGUUUUUUAGUUUUGAUUUAAAGGGACUAUUACCCAAACCUAGUGGUAUGCCUUUUCCCUUAAUAUAUUUAGUUGUGCUCCAUUUCACCAAAAAUGUUAAAAUGGCUUGAAAAUUCGAUAGUAUUUCACUUCAAAUGCUUUGUUUGUGGUCAUAUAUUGUCUGAUUCUGGCAAUGUAAGUAUUUCUAGAUACUUUGGACUUUGAAGUUUCAGAAGAAAUAUAACAUUCUGUUCAAAUAUUGCGAAAUCGCCAAAUAUGUCAACCCACUUUUUUCGUGAAAUGGGGUGUGGGUUUUAGAUGACACCAAUAGGUGUCAUCACUGGUAUGGUUAGAUUCUGUUGUGUGAUAUGUUUUUGUGUCUGUUUAUGAAUUGUCAAGUAAAUUGUAAUCAUUUUGAUGUAUUAUUAGUUUAGGUAAUGAUAAUGUAAUAAAUAGGGUAAA